AUGGAGUUGUUUCGAGAGGCAUUGGAAGAUUGCUACCUUAAUGAUCUGGGUUAUGUGGGAUCUCGCUACAGUUGGUCCAACAAGCACCAAGAUGGGGGAUUUACUAAAGAACGACUUCAUAAAGCCAUUGCAAACCAAAGUUGGUGCGAUCUUUUCCAAACGGUAUGCGUACAUGUGUUGGCUGCUCAGACAUCUGACCACAAACCGUUGAUCGUCUCUUGUGGCAUAUCAGCUUGGGAGGAGAGUGGACUUGAUAGUAGCCCUAUACAGGGGGCGAGGAAGAAACUUGAGCAAUGCCAAACUGAUUUACGAGGCUGGAACAAGAGAAAAUUUUGGAAAACCGAAGAGGAGGUGAGGAAGAAAUCGAAGCAACGUGAAGCUCUCCAGGGCCGAGAGAAUUCCUACAACCAGGAGGAAAUCUGA